GCGCCUCUCUUUCGCUGCUCCAAUGCAGCCGGUACCCACCACGAACUCGCCUGCUAGAACCAUCCUCGCGCAUAGCAGCCUGUACACACAAGUACUCUCAAAGGCAGCAGCAUCAAACUGAGCCGGCGCCUGUGCUUGAGCAAUUUGUUCUUUUUUCCCCAUCUCCACGACGGUCGCUUUUGCUUCACAUCCAUCUCCUCCCUUGACAGAGCCGAGCCCUCGGCGGAACGAUAGAGAAACGAGCCGGAAAAGAUGGCGGAAGCUCCCAAGCCCAGCAGCAGCGUCAAGCUGGUGCUCCUCGGCGAAGCCGCAGUCGGAAAGUCAUCUCUGGUCUUGCGAUUCGUCAACAACGACUUCCAGGAAAACAAAGAGCCAACCAUUGGUGCGGCGUUUCUGACGCAAAAAUGCAAUCUCCCCACCCGGACUAUCAAGUUUGAGAUCUGGGAUACCGCCGGUCAAGAGCGGUUUGCAUCUCUGGCCCCCAUGUACUAUCGAAAUGCCCAAGCUGCCCUUGUCGUUUACGACAUCACCAAGCCUACAUCGCUCGUCAAGGCCAGACACUGGGUCGCUGAGCUCCAACGACAAGCUUCACCCGGCAUCGUCAUCGCCCUAGUGGGAAAUAAGCUAGAUUUGGCUGGCGAAUCGCAGAGCACAAGCGACGAAGGCGAGGGCGAAGACGGCGGCGAUGCCCGCAAGGUGUCAACAGAAGAGGCUCAGGCAUAUGCUGAAGAAGAAAGCCUGUUAUUUUUUGAGACAAGUGCCAAGACCGGCCACAAUGUCACCGAAGUUUUUACAGCCAUUGCAAAUGCGAUCCCGGAGACGUCCCUGAAGAGUGCCAGAGGUUCCGGCGCAGCAGGCACGGCCAACAGGGCCGGAGAGGAGCAGAGAGUGAAUUUAUCAGGACCCCGGGAUGCGGGUGCAAAGGACGGGUGUGCCUGUUAGAUAAGGAGCUGUUUGAUUUGUUGUACGAGGCACAGCCAACCAUGAUGUUGUUGCUGUGGUGCUAACGCUACUGCGCUACCAUAAGAUGAGGUCGGAUUUGUUAUGGCAUGCCAUUCGGGAGUCAGAGUCUUGCGUUUCGGGAGUCAUUCAUGUGUUUUAGCUUCGUGCGCCAUAUCGUUUAUUAUUUUAGACGUCUAGUUUUUGCUACAAUAGUACCUUGCUAACGCUUGCCUGGUUGUU